AUGCGUAUGCUACUGUUUGCAGCAUGGCUUGCGCUUUGUGUUACCAGAGUUGUUUGCGAAUCGAUAAAGGUACCGAUAAAUCCUACACGGCUCGAAUUCGACCUAUGGCCGUACAAGAAAUGGGAGAUCGACAAUGCUUCGAACAGCUCCGAUUACAUGACAUGCUUCGAAAUGAGCACACCUUUCAAGUCUCGCGACUUGCAGUUUGUAAUCGAAAUCGAAGAGUUCACCAAAUGGAAAGUCAACGUUGACAGAUUUGGCCCAACAACGAGCUCCAAAGGGAAGCAGAUUAUAAAUCUAGACAUAUAUGACAAGGAUAAGAACUUGGUACGGUCUAGGCACGGGUUGGAAAAUGGCGAAACCAUACUCUAUGAAUCAGUAUACGAACAACAAGAAUUCCAGUUCUGUCUAAUUAACUUUUCACUAGAUUCGUCCUGGAACGCGAUCGACACGAUAAAACAGGUCUCGAUCAGCAUAUCUUCCAACGAUAUCGUGAAACAACAGCCGUGGGACUUGAUUACAGACCAGAGUCUCGAGUUGCUAUCGGAAAGCAAAGAAGACCUGUAUUCUCUGGUUAAUGCUGAAUCCGGCCACAAGUUGGUCGAAUUGGAUGCUGAACACAGAGACCUAAACGAGGGAACGUUCUCGUGUAUAAUAUACCAGACCGUCGGCAUUCUUACUGUAAUAAUUGUGGGACAAUUCGUUGUGGUACCAGCGUUCUUGUACCGAUUACUGAGGAAGAAUAAACACGGACAAACACAUCCUCACAUAAAGAACAAAUUGAAAGAAUGA